UUUUUUAGAUUUAUUAUUUAUUUCAAUAUAAUGAAUAUUUUUAUGUUGAGUAAAAUUUUAUUAUUUAUUACAAUAAUAAAGUCAAUUAAAUGUGAGUUAUGUGAAUUAAAUAAUAAAGAAGGAUAUAAACUUCAAUUUGGUAAAGAUAAAAAUGAAACAAUUAAUUUUACCCUUUCAUUAAAUGUAAGACGAAAUGUAAAUAUUUGGUAUGCAAUUGGAUUCGGAAGAUCAAUGAUGGGUGGUCUUGAUAUUAUUAUGAUACGUAUUUUUAAUGGAAAUGUUUAUGUUACUGAUGAAUUUGUAAAUGGUUAUACAAAUCCAACUCCAGAUUUUCAACAAGAUGUUACUCUUCAUAAUUAUAAUUAUGUUGAUGGUAAUUAUAUUAUUCAUUUUUCAAGACCAGUAAAACCAAUUGAUACAAAAAAUAAUAUACCAUUAAGAGAUUGUUUUAGAUGGAAUUUUGUAAUGAAUCCAGGAACUGUCUAUGACUUUAGAGGAUCUAUCUCUAAACAUCCAGGAAAACCACUUGGUACUCUUGUUUGUCUAAGCCAAUGCUUAAUAUAA